UUUAAAGGGUUUUUGUCUCAAAUUUUCUUCUUCUUUCCAAACCACAUAAAAUUAAAAAAAAGAAAAGAAAAAAUUGAUCUCAUUUCAGUUGAAUUAAAUUUGGGAUUAUCUGGAUUCUCCGAUCGUUGUUUCUCAGGAAUCUUUCUUCUUAGGAAAAUUUUCUUUCUUUUUAAUUGUUUUCUGUAUAUAUGUAUAUUGGGAUUUAAGAAACUGAAGAUCGUUUGAAUUUGAAAAGAGCAUUUGAAUCUGGAGAAUCUAAUGUUUGUUUGAGGAUGAUGAGUUGAAUUGUCAUAUAUAGCUGAGAUAUGGUGUUUAAGAAGAGGUCAGAUUAUGGAUUUAAUGCCUUCAAUGUCCCCCGAGCCCCUCGAUCAAUUCGGAGGAGGGGUCGGGCUAAGAGGACAGUUGAGGAUAGUCAAAUUUGUGCGUUCGAAUUGUUAGCUUCUUUAGCCGGGAAGCUACUGCAGGAGAGUGAAAGUUCUGCUUCCAGCAAUGCAUCUGAAGGACAUGAUCAUGUUACUAUAGGUAAAGAUGUUGUUAAACAGGAAAUUCAUUAUCAAGAUAAGCCAUUGAAAACUGAAUCUGUUGAGCAAGGAAGCUUUGAAGUGAGUGUUGUUGCCUCUGAGUCAACUACUGAAAACAGUGACAAUUUGAAGGGAUUUACACAUGCUGGAGAUGAUGCCAUUUUGGAACGCACUUCAAUAAAGAAACAGCGUGCUUUCUCGGAGCAAAUCAGUGGCGAUUUGAAGGCUGUAAUUUGCAAAGGAAAUGUAGCAUACGGGAAUUUUCCUGGUAAUGUAGAUAGGUGCUCCCCUAAUUUUGGGGAGUUGUGUGAUGGUAAAAGUGAGAAUGAAUUUAAAAAAGAGCGAGAUUCUAAGGGUUUGGAGACUGGGGCUUUGAGUAUUGGUAAUACUUGCCCCUUAAAGGAUCCAGUGUCUAUGACAUUUCCUGCACCCAUUAAUUCUAACAGAGAUGUCAAAUUAACGUCACACAGGGACCCUCUUCUUAAUGCUUCCUUUUCAAGGCAUAGGAAUGAUAUUAAGCUAGGUAGUAGAGAUGAUGAUGAUAAAAACUUCUCUAGGUUUAAUAAACUUACUAACAGGUUUAAGGCUUCUAGGCCUCCAACAUGUAUUGGAGACCGAAGAAUAAGGAAGUUGCUGACAUCUAAAUAUUGGAAAGUAGCUCCAAAGUUGAAGGAUUUUGAACAUUCUAGAGCUGAUGGAGGAAUAAAGCCUCUAUAUCGCAAGCGGAAGACCUACUAUAACUAUGACAGAUGUCAAUAUGACACUUACAAAAGGAGGAAGUUCUUUGAUCGUAGCUCAAUAGUAACUUAUGAUGGAGGGAUCAGUAGUGAAAGUGUUUCUAAUUCACCUGAGAAGGUUAUGAAUGGAGAUAAGAGUAGCUCAGCUGCAAUGUUGAAUGGAGCAUGUGGGAUAUCCUCCUUGCAUACCAGUCAUCAUGCAUCCAACAAGUCCAACGAUUCUCACGUGAAAUUCAGCAUUAAGUCCUUUAGGAUUCCAGAACUUUAUAUUGAGGUGCCAGAAACUGCAACUGUUGGUUCACUGAAGAGGACAGUAAUGGAGGCAGUGACUGCCUUACUUGGAGGUGGAAUACGUGUUGGGGUACUCCUUCAAGGGAAGAAGGUGAGAGAUGACAGUAGAACUCUAUCACAGACUGGUAUUUCCUCUGAAGAUAAUUUGGAUGCCCUUGGUUUCACUUUGGAGCCUGGUCCUGCAAAAGCGCCUCCACCUGUGUACUCUGAAGAACCACCUCUUUUGUUAUCAUGUGAUGCAGCUGCUCAAAAUUUAACAAGCUCCUCAGCCACUCCAGUUGUAGAUACAGGGAUUCCUGAUGACACACCUGGCUCAUCUUUACUGACGAAUUCAGCAAAUCACAUGGACAAUAAUCAUGAACUUGUUUCCUCCCCAACUGACAUGCUAACUGAUAAAAGUCUGCCGGAUUCUAGAGCUCUGGUUCCAGUUCCAGCAAUGAAUGUUGAGUCGCUAGCUGUUGUCCCUUUCAACCAGAAAAUUCGAAAAUCUGAGCUUGCACAGCGUAGAACCAGGAGGCCAUUUUCUGUGUCAGAAGUAGAAGCAUUGGUACAGGCAGUUGAGGAGCUCGGUACUGGAAGGUGGCGUGACAUUAAAUUGCGAGCUUUUGAGAAUGCUGACCAUCGAACAUAUGUGGAUUUGAAGGAUAAAUGGAAAACAUUGGUUCACACAGCAAAAAUUUCCCCACAGCAAAGGAGAGGAGAGCCGGUACCCCAGGAACUCUUGGACAGGGUCCUGGCUGCUCAUGCUUACUGGUCUCAGCAUCAAGCUAAACAACAAGGCAAGCAUCAUCCUGGAACUUUGAGAAUUACAGACGCCCAAGCUGACAGAAAUGGAGUCGCAGCUAUACCGACCGUUACGAUGUAAAAAAAGAAAGGUAAACCUUGAUAAUAAGAACAGGGAGAAAGCAACAUGUACAAAUGAUUCACGUUUAUGUAACAUUCUCACACUCACUCGAUUCAUUGCCAGCUUCCGAUCCCGGAGCCAUUGGCAUUCUGUAAAUGAUACGAUGAAAUAAGUUCGUUCUAACCUUA